UAUAAAGCCACCGUGGACUUUGUCAUCUCUGAAGACAUCCACUCCUGCUGUAGCUCAUCUGGACACUGGACAUCACUUGGGGCAGUUGACAUUCAGGGAUGUGGCCAUAGGAUUUUCUUGGGAGGAGUGGAAAUGCCUGGAUCUUGCUCAGAGGGCUUUGUACAGGGACGUGAUGUUGGAGAACUACAGGAAUCUGGUCUUCCUGGGAAUCUGUAGUUUUGAUCUGAGUAUUAUCUCCAUGUUGGAGCAAGGGAAAGAACCCUGGACUGUGGAGAGCCAAGUGACAACAGCAAGAAAACCAAAUGGACGAGAAUGGAUCAAAGGUGUGAAUACAGAUAUCUCUCCUAAUUGUAUAAUCAAGGAAUUACCACCAAAAGGGAACAGCAAUACCAAAGUGUUACACACAGUGAUGUUGGAAAGACAUGAAAGCCAUGACAUCAAAGACUUUUCUUUCAGGGAAGACCAGAAAAAUAUACAUAACUUUGAGUGUCAGUGGAGAGAUUAUGAAAGAAAUUACAAGGAAGUUUCUAUGACCCAGAAAGAAAGUCUCACUGGUAGAAGAAAACAUGAUAGAAAGCAUGCAGGAAACAGGAUUAAUAUAACUCAGCUUGGAGUUAGCUUUCAGUCACCUCUGCCUGAAGAGCUAUUUCAAUGUGAAAGGAAAAUUUAUGAAUGUAAUCAAGUUGAGAAAUCUAUGAAAAAUGAUGUUCUCAUUUCACCACUUCAACAAAUUUGUUCUAGUGUCAGAACUCACAUUUCUAAAAAAUAUGGGGAUAAUUUUAUACAUUCUUCAAAUAGUUGGGAAAAAUCUUACAAGUGUAAUGAAUGUGGCAAGGUCUUCACUCAACCUUCAUGCCUUUUAAGUCAUCAGAGAAUUCAUUCUGGAGAGAAACCUUACAAGUAUCAUGAGUGUGGGAAAUCCUUUAGUUUGCAUUCAAAUCUAACUACCCAUCAGGUAAUCCAUACUGGAAGGAAAAUUUAUAAAUGUAAUGAAUGUGGCAAGGUCUUCACUCAGCCUUCAAGUCUUGCAGCUCAUCAGAGAAUUCAUUCUGGAGAAAGACCUUACAAGUGUUAUGAGUGUGGGAAAGCCUUUCGUACAUAUUCAAACCUAACUACCCAUCAGUUAAUCCAUACUGGAGAGAAACCGUACAAAUGUAAUGAAUGUGGCAAGGUCUUCACUCAAAAUUCACAUCUUGUAACUCAUCGGAGAGUUCAUACUGGAGAGAAACCUUACAAGUGUACUGAGUGUGGGAAAGCCUUUACUGUGCGUUCAAACCUAACGAUGCAUCAGGCGAUUCACACUGGAGAAAAACCUUACAAAUGUAAUGAGUGUGGCAAGGUCUUUAGUCACCCUUCAAGCCUUGCAAGUCAUCGGCGCAUUCAUACUGGAAAGAAACCUUAUAAGUGUAAUGAGUGUGGCAAAGCCUUUACUAUUAGUUCAAACUUAACUACCCAUCGGGCAAUCCAUACUGGGGAAAAACCUUACAAAUGUGGGGAAUGUGGCAAGGUCUUCACUCAAAAGUCACAUCUUGCAACUCAUCGUAGAAUUCAUACUGGAGAGAAACCUUACAAGUGUAAUGAGUGUGAGAAAGCCUUCAGUGCUCGUUCAAACCUAACUACCCAUCAGGCUAUACAUACUGGAGAAAAACCUUACAAAUGUAAUGAGUGUGGUAAAGUCUUCACUCAGAAUUCAUACCUUGCAAGUCAUCAGGCAACUCAUACUGGUGAGAAACCUUAUAAGUGUAUUGAAUGUGGCAAGGUCUUCACUCAAAAUUCACACCUUACGAGGCAUUGGAGAAUUCAUACUGGAGCAAAACCUUAUAAGUGUAAUGAGUGCGGCAAGGCCUUUAGAAUUCGUUCAAACCUAACUGCUCAUCAGGUAAUCCAUACUGGAGAAAAACCUUACAAAUGUAAUGAAUGUGGUAAGUUCUUCAGUCAGCUUUCAAGCCUUGCUAGUCAUCGUAGAAUUCAUACUGGAGAGAAACCUUACAAGUGUAAUGAGUGUGGCAAAGCCUUUACUAUUAGUUCAAAUCUAACUACCCAUCAAGCAAUUCAUACUGGAGAGAAACCUUACAAGUGUAGUGAAUGUGGCAAAGUCUUCACUCAAAAUUCACACCUUGCAAAUCAUCGUAGAAUUCAUACUGGAGAGAAGCCUUACAAGUGUAAUGAGUGUGGCAAAGCCUUUAGUGUGCAUUCAAGCCUAACUACCCAUCAGGCAAUCCAUACAGGAGAAAAACCUUACAAAUGCAAUGAAUGUGGCAAAGUCUUUACUCAAAAUUCACACCUUGCAAAUCAUCGUAGAAUUCAUACUGAAGAGAAGCCUUACAAGUGUAAUGAGUGUGGCAAAGCCUUUAGAGUGCAUUCAAGCCUAACUACCCAUCAGGUAAUCCAUACUGGAAAGAAACCUUACAAAUGUAAAGUGUGUGGCAAGGCCUUCAGUCAAAUUUCAAACCUUUCAGGUCAUCACAGAAUUCAUACUGGAGAAGAACCUUACAAAUGAGUGUGACAAAGUCUUCAGUCACAGUUUAUUCCUUGCACAACAUCAGAGAAUUAAUUCUUGAGAGAAUCUGCAAAUGCAUUGACUAGCAGAGUCCUCAUGAGUUAAAGCGUUAACAGACAUCAGAGAGUUUAUACUGAAGAGACAUCAUCUAAGUGUAAUGUAUGGCAGAGGCUUAAUUCAGGCCUCACAACUCACUAGACAUCAAAUUAUACAUUUUUGACGAAACCACACAAAUGUGAUGUGCAUCCUGAGGCUAUUACUCAAGUUCCAUAUCUGUAGGAGAAUUUAUAGGAAGAAUAAUUCAUUCUUUCAUUCUCCAAGCUUAACCUUUGUUAUUAUGUACUGCUGGCUAAUUAGAAGUUAAAAUAUAUUAACUUAUAACACAAUAUACUUGUAUAUCAAAAGUGCAAAGAUGUUUGGAAACUUAAAAUUCUUUUCAAAUUAUAAAAUAUUUUGUUCACUUA